AGAGAGAGAGAGAGAGAGGGAGGGAGGAAGAGAGGAGAGGGUGUCCCGUCUGCACGGAGGAACAGACAGACAGCAGGGAACAGCUGCAGCAUUAGGUUCGCGUAGGAUUUCACUGCAUUGCGAUUUAAAUCAUCAAAUCCAUUUCAUCAUCCCCAACAACAACAACAACAAAAAAAGAGUCAAGUUAGAGCAGCUCGACAAAGCGACCGAACAUCAUUUAAAACAUGGUUGACCGCGAGCAGCUGGUGCAGAAAGCCAGGCUGGCUGAACAGGCUGAGAGAUAUGAUGAUAUGGCAGCUGCUAUGAAAUCGGUAACAGAGCUGAAUGAGGCCCUGUCCAACGAGGAGAGGAACCUCUUGUCCGUGGCCUACAAGAACGUGGUCGGGGCCCGUCGCUCCUCCUGGAGAGUGAUCUCCAGCAUUGAGCAGAAAACCUCAGCUGAUGGCAAUGAGAAGAAAAUUGAGAUGGUGAGAGCCUACCGGGAGAAGAUUGAGAAGGAGCUGGAGGCCGUGUGCCAGGAUGUGCUCAACCUUCUGGACAACUUCCUGAUCAAGAACUGCAGCGAGACGCAGCACGAGAGCAAGGUGUUCUACCUGAAGAUGAAGGGCGACUACUACCGGUACCUGGCCGAGGUGGCCACAGGGGAGAAGAGAGCCACGGUGGUGGAGUCGUCGGAGAAGGCCUACAACGAGGCCCAUGAGAUCAGCAAGGAGCACAUGCAGCCCACCCACCCCAUCCGCCUGGGCUUAGCUCUCAACUACUCUGUGUUUUACUACGAGAUCCAGAACGCCCCAGAGCAGGCCUGUCAUCUGGCCAAGACCGCCUUCGACGACGCCAUCGCCGAGCUCGACACCCUCAACGAGGACUCCUACAAAGACUCCACUCUCAUCAUGCAGCUGCUCCGAGACAACUUGACACUGUGGACAAGUGACCAGCAGGAUGACGAGGGAGGGGAGGGCAACAAUUAAAGAGAAACCACACUUCGAAAAAAAAAUAUAUGAAGGGCCGGUGGACUUUGGCAGCCGCUUUUGCCGAUGAUACUACCGCAGCAGCAGUUCUUUAUUUUUCCAUGUGUUAAAAGAAAAGAAUCAAAAGAGAGGUGAGAGUGGAGGUUAAAUCUUAGUUUAAAUAUAUAUAGAAAUAUAUAUACAGUUGAAAGGGGCCUCCGUCUUCUUGAUUUUCUCUUUGACAUUUGCCAAAACCACUGAUAUGUCAGUCAAUCAGCCUGAAGUGGUUGUUGUUGGAUUGAAAUGGCAGCCUCACACUGGCAUAGGAACUGAUCUUGUUCUGUCAAGAUAAGCUGCUUAGUUAGGUUUUUGCGUGAUAGAGAUGCAUUUGAGUCACUUGAGAGAGAAAAUGCUUGAAUGGGAAUGCCUCACAACACUAGUUUGCAUUGGUUCCAGUAGUAGUCUAUAUAUGAGAAAGGGCCGCGAACGCCAUUGAUGUUAAACUCACACUUAGAAUAAGAAAAUAGAAACUUUUAAACCGAUUAUAACCCCCCUCACCUUAAAAGAUUUUAAAUGAAAACGAGGACCGGAUAGUAAAAAAAAUUGAUCCCCUUCCUUCUGUCUGAAGUGUAUUUGGCAUCUCACAGAUUAUUAGUCUGUUAUGUCACUGGAACCAUAGAUUCUUUUGGAGGUGAAGAUUACUAAAGGCAGAGACUUAACGAUAUAAAACACACACACAAAAACACAACAAAACAAAACAAAAAAAAAGACAAAAAAAUAAAUAAAAUAAAAGCAGCUUCAGAGUUUGUGGUUUACUUCUGUGUUUGUUUUAUUAAAUGCACUUGCCUACUAUACUGUUUCUUCAGUGUAAGAUGAUGACAACAAUAAUAUCGAUUAUUCAAUAUUGUGCAUGCUGGUGAUGUAUUUAUAUACAGUAGCUUGACUUUAUUAACUUAUACUGUGGGUGUUAAGUAUUCAUAUGAUUGAGAAAAACAGGCUUUGUCUGAUGUUGAUUUCUAAUUUCUAAUUUAUUUAUUUUUUUUGUUUCAUUUAUGGUUUUUUGAUUUGCUAUACCAAAAUGGUGAUCGUAAAAAUUGACCUGUAAUGGGCGUUGCUAUAGUGACAUGCAAUUAUGUGUAUUUAAUUUGUUAAUGAAAGAAAAAAAAAAAAAAGAAGAAAAAAAGGAAGAUUAAAAACUCACCGGUGAUCACUUAAUCUUACCAGCUGGUGUUUGUCACAGUAUGAUUAUGAUAUAUUUUGUUCUUUGAACAGUAUUUAAGUACUUUUUUCUGUCAUGCUAUCCAGUUUUUAAUAAUGGUGAAAAGUUUUCAGGCUCAAUGUUUCUGUUAUGAAUUCACAAACAUGGACCAUAUUUUAUUUCUGACAGUAUACUUCUUUUUUGUUUGUUUGUUUGUUUGUUUGUUUUUAUACAUUUUAGCUGUUCCUGAGUGACAAAAUAUCUUGAAUGUGAGUCAUUAUGUAGCAGUUGCACAAGAACCGAAAUAAUAGCUAUGAUAAUAAAAAAGAAUAUGACUAAAUUAUACAUGCACCAUUUCCGUGGUGGUCUAGUGUAUUGUUGUAUCAUCACCCAUAUAAGAUUAUUUUUGUUUGUUUUUUAAAAAGGAGAAAAAAAAGAUGCUUUGUUUUGUGCCCAUAGUGCAGUAUGUGCUUUGUAUCUUUAUUUAAUAUGCCUCAUUUGCAAGAGAAAAAAAAGAUUUAUCUGCCAGUAUUUGAAGUUCCUGCAAGCAUGUGUGCAAGAUGUAAUAUUUUCCCUUCAACGGUUCCUCACCUUUACAUGUGUCGGACUCGGUACUGCUCUCUGUACAGCACGUAGAUAUGAAUAUUCAACACAGAUGCACAACAGGGAAAGCGUAGGCAACUCAAACAGGAUAAGCAAAUGUGAGAUUCACGUCUUCAGAACAAACUUUAGACACUAGGAAGCUGCUGAGCGGAUUUAUCUUCAUAAUGCUGCUAGUUCUAUAGAUUAUUGUUAUAUAUAUAUAUAUGCUCAUACAGAUGGCAGAAGUUUGUGGGGACUCUUUAUUUUUUAAAAUCUCACAUGUGAUGGCUCUCAAAGAGAGAAACCAAAAGCCUUAAGGUCGGCCACACAGCCUCGUUCAUGUAUGCCAAUUAUGUCAUCAUGCCAUCAUGAGUCAGCCUCCUCGCAUGAGCUCGCGCUGUAUGUCACAGCUGCUUUGAUUUAUUUUUAAACGUAGUCACAAAGUUGAUGGGCUUUGAACGCUCGCCAGACAAAUAGCAUGAAAAAUCCUCGACGCCAAUCUGCACAACUGCUCACACGGCUUAUGCACAGAUCGUCCAUGUUGUUCUUUUUAUUUUUUAUUUUUAGGUUUUGUGUGUGACAAAAAGUGGAAUCACUUCUUAUUUAUUUAUUUCAGGAGACGUUCACUCAUUGCCAAGAAAACAUGCAUUGUGUUCCUUUUUUUAAAUUAAUUUGUGAUUUCUUAUUUUAUUUUAUUUUUUUUCCUCCUGUGUUUUUUUUUUUGUGUUUUUAAGUUUUCAUUAUUUCUGGAUGUUGAUCCUUGUUUAUGUGACAUGAAAACAUACAAAUACAACAAAUGAGGGUUCAAAUAAUUAGAUUUAAAUCACAAAUUAGAUAAAAAAAAAAAAAGAGCUGACCUACUAGAAAUUAGCUAAGUGGGGGGGAGGGGCGGUAGCUGAAAAUGGGAUGCAAACUGUAUGUUCUGAGGAUUUUUUUGGUUGCCAUCUGUUGCCCAUUAAAGUUUAUUUGUUUAUCGGUA